GUCAAUGAACAAAUAAUGUUUAAUCGAAUGACGUAGAUAAACAGUGAACGACUGGUACCACUUAUACUCUUUGGUCUACACCAUAUGACGGUAAUCGAUCUACAUCGCUAAGGUUAUUGAAAUUUGACAAAGGGCAUUUAUUUGGAAUCGAAGCAUUCGGUUUAUACCUAUUAUGUUUGGUGUUCUAGUAAGAAGAAUGAAUAACAGAUAACAGUUACCUAUGCUAGUGACAUGAUAAAAUAGUUCGAGUGUGAAGUGAUUUUAAUUUCUCUUGAUGGAAAAUUAUGAAGUCCUCUCUGUAGCUGGAGAAGGUUCGUACGGAAUUGUAAUGAAAUGUAGGCACAGACAUUCUAAAGAAAUUGUCGCAAUAAAAAAAAUUACCGAUUAUAACAACGAUAACUAUGUGAAAAAAAUGAUUUUGAGAGAAGUUCGAAUUCUUAAGAGAUUACGUCAUGAAAAUUUAGUUCAACUUUUCGAAGUAUUCAAGAAAAAAAGACGCUUCUAUUUGGUGUUCGAAUAUAUAGGGAAAACCGUAUUGGAUGAUUUGGAAAAUAAUCCGAAAGGUUUAGGGGAGCAACAAGCAUUGGAGUAUAUUUAUCAGCUUAUUCGAGUUGUGGAUUUUUGUCACACUAGGAACAUUAUUCAUAGGGAUAUAAAACCAGAGAAUUUGCUAAUAUCUUCGACGGGAAUUUUAAAACUAUGUGAUUUUGGAUGUGCUAGAAUUAUAAGUAACUAUCAGGAUUGUGUUUGCACUGAGUACGUGGCCACUAGAUGGUAUCGAGCUCCAGAAUUAUUGGUUCGGGAUAGGAAAUAUGGAAAACCAGUAGAUGUUUGGGCUGUAGGCUGUGUACUAGCUGAAGUACUCAGCGGAGAACCCUUGUUUCCUGGACAAUCAGAUAUUGAUCAACUUUACAUGAUAAUGAAAUGUUUCGGAAAAUUAUGUUCUCGGCAUCAACAAAUUUUAAGCUCUUCUGAUUUUCAACACAACAACAACAAAAUCAGCGACGAUUUCGAAAAAUAUUCAAAAAAUUCAAUGAACAGUUUUCAUGCUUUACAUAAGUUGUUCCCAAAGUGGUCGAUCAACACCAUAAAUCUCGUGGCAUUAUGUUUAGAUUUGGAUCCAGAAAAACGAGCUACGGCAAUUCAGCUGUUGAAUAAUGAAUAUUUUCAAAUAAAAAACAUCAAUGAGGAAUGGUUUGCUUCGCUACUACAGAAAACAGAAGAGCAAAAUCUGAAAUCACUCUUAAAAUCGGAAUUAAAACAUAAUAAGGAAUUUCUCAAAGACAGUUCAACUCCGCAUAAUUUUUCUGGACUAAAAGUAACAUCGAAUAAUCGCGAGGAAAAACAUUUAUUGAGUGUGGACAACACAUGCCUAAAAACGAAAUCCCCCGAUAAAAAAUGCGAUUCAUUUUCCUCCCUAGUAAGUAUGAAAUAUUAGAAAAUACAGUGAAAAUUAAAGAAGUUUCAAAAAACAACAUAGGCUAUAGCUCACCUACUUUUAUUUUGUUAUUACUGCCAAACGUCAAUACGCAUAUGAGUCCCAGUAAAACUACAAUUUUCAAAGAAUUGCAUUCAAGUAUAAAUGCCGGCUCAUCGAUGAAGAAAGAAUUUUGUCAUUUGCCUGAGAAUGAAAAGAUAUUAGGAGUAUUUCCGCAAUCGCCAGUGUUCAGUAUUCAUCAACCACUUUCACCAAUGAACAGACGGUGUGUUGGAAAUUUUUGUUCGCCAUAUCACAAAUUGGCAUACUUCUCUUACCCAAAUUUCCAAAUAAAAUGAAAAAUUUAACAAUCAAAUAUUGUAUGUAUUACAGAUAUCUGAGUAGCAAUGAACAUAAAAACUGUAAAAAAGAAGAAUCUAUAAAACAAAAAACAAAAUAUGAAAAUUUAAAAACAAUUAAAACAGACGAUAUCACAAAAAAUAAGAGCAAUUCUUCUUCUGUGGGUGAUCUGAGCUUACCUUACUUGAAGAGUAAGCAUUAAUAACAUUAAAUUUCCCCCUCGGCCCCUCAGAACGAAACACAUUCUUAACUAUUUUUCAGUAUUUACAAUAGU